GCUGUUUGCCUAACUCCCCAUGUCGGCGAUGGUGAAAGCCAAGUCUCGGAAGAGCUCUAUGAGCAGUGGCCUGCAAUCCAACAUUUCCAUGUUUUUUUCCUCAAAGAUGUCACAAAAAUCCCCCAGAAGAGGUACAACCAUGUGUUCGACUGCAAACGCAGAAGUCUCUGAUGAGGUGGAGAAUUUGGACAGGGAGAUCACAAGCCUUCUGCUCUCCCCCUUCGCCAUCCCAGAGACGCCGGAGAGCGAGACACGGGCGCCUGCCACGGAGGGACCCCGCUCGCCCGUUUCUCGUAGCCCACGCUCCAGAAGCUUAAACUGCAAGACCAACCUGAUGGCCAGCAGGUCCUCACUGCCGCAGGAAAAGAGGAGCCCGAAAUCAGGGGACACUUUGGAAGAGAAAAAUGGCAUCAGUCGUUUUGUCUCUGUGAAAAGGUUGAUGGGUUCUGAGAGCCUCCAGAAGACCAAGCGCCCCAGAGUCAGGCAGUUCCAGAGAGAUUUUGAAAAGGAAUCCAGCUCACCGGGAGAAGAUCUAGACACAUUUCUUCAGAUCAUUCGUGACUCUCCUGAUUUUCAAAAUGGCACACCGCAGAAAGGUGACUCGAAGAACACUGAGAGGAAGUCUGGCAAAGUUAAGAGGAUUCUUUCUGAGAAAAACAGUGAGUUUUCUACCUUGUCAGAAAUGAAAAUGGGAAAACUGACUUCAGAGAAGGUGUAUGGUGCUACUGUCUCUAAACAUUCCAAAGAUAAUCAUCUUAAAAAACAUGGCUCAAAUGAAAAUGAAAAAGAAAAUAAGUUUGUCCUCGUUACGGCGCCCAAGACAAACAUGGCGGAAAUGCCUAGUGACAACCAAUCUGACCUUGUAUUGUCAUAUAGUUCUUGGAUAUGUGAUAACAAAAAGCAGAAAAGUGUUCUCAGUUGUCCAGUAAAUGAAAAUAAAUCAUUGAAGGAAUGUUCUGAAGUGCUUGCUGCCCAAGAAAAAGACUUGACAAACUCUGAGGAGAAUUUCACUGAUCUAGAGGACAGCUGGUUUGAUGACAAGAUGGAGCAAAGUUUGGGGGAGCUGAAACUUCAGAAGUCCAACUCUGAAAAGAAGAUUCCAGAACACGUUAUAUUGGCUGCUGGUCACAAAAACCGGUACUGGGUUUUGGAGGUGCAAGAGACCUCUGGGUGUGGAAACUACGCCGAGAAACAUUUAACGAUCACCUGUUCAAAGACCAUGCAGCACACAGAGACCUGCGUUCUAAAGGAUGGCUGGGCUACCACUGCAGUAGCUGUGGGGGACAUCAUUCAUUUGGAAGGAGAGCGUGUUUCCGGCUCAUGGGUGAUCGACAACGACUCUGGUUACCUGGUGCUCCUGCCUGAUCUGCUUAUCUCUGGGACCAGUAUCGCGAACAGUAUUCGAUGCAUGAGACGAGCUGUACUUGGAGAGAUGUUUAAGACGUUUGAUGGCGGCAGCAAGCAGAUGCUGAAUGGAAGCGUAGUUCACGACGUCUUCCAAAAAGCUGCCAUGUCUUUGGACUUCUCUCUGGGGAAGCUGGAGGAACUCGCCAGUGAAGUGCUUCUCAGUCCUAACUACCUCAGACAAAUGUACAGUCUGAAACUGACUCAAGCAGACAUGAAGCAGGAGGUUGAGGAAUACCUGCCCGCCCUGGCUGAGUGGGCAAAAGACUACCUCUACACGUCUCCAGAGGCAGGACACAAGCAGCUGCCUCUUAAACUCCCCAGCGACGGAGCACCGAGCAGGAAUGAGUCACUCAGCACGGUCAUCGUCACCGACUUCGUGGACAUCGAGGAGAACAUCUGGUGUCCGCGCUUCGGCCUGAAGGGGAAGCUGGACGUGACGGCAGGCGUGAGGAUCCAGCGGCGAGGCAGGCCGUGCCUGGACAGGGUCGUGCCCCUGGAGCUGAAGACAGGCAAAGAAAGCAACUCCAUCGAGCAUCGCAGCCAGGUCAUUUUGUAUACUCUCAUGAGCGCCGACAGACGCGCAGACGCUGAGGCUGGUUUUCUCAUCUACCUGAAGACAGGCAGUCUCCACCCUGUAGUGGCCAACCACAUGGACAAAAGAGAACUGCUCAAACUGAGGAACACUCUGGCUCAGCAUGUUGGCAGGAGCCUCACCAGGGUGGAGGGCCGAAGCCGCAUGGCGCCAAUACCUGGCAUCAUCUCGGACCAGCAGGCCUGCAAGUUCUGCCCACAGAGGAGGAACUGUGCCCUGUACAACAGAGCUGUGGAGGGGGUCCUGGGUGCGUGUCCCCCAGAGGCCCCCGAGGGCUUCCUGCGGCCGGAGAGCGAGCACCUGCGCCAGCCCCACCUGCGCUACUUCAGCCACUGGCUGCUGCUCUGCAGCCUCGAGACCCUCACCGUGGAGAGCAAGAGCAGCCGCCGCGGCGUCUGGCUGUGCUCGGCUCAGGAGAGAGAGAAGAGCGGGAGCUGCAUGGGGAACCUGGUGCUGGCCGAGCGCGCGGCCGUGCUGACCGACGACGUGUACUCGCACCGCUUCCAGCGCGGGCAGGGAGACCACGCCCCCGUCGGACUCCUCGUCGGGGACAGGGUCGUGGUCAGCGACCAGGACUCUCGCUUUAUCGGCCUAGCAACAGGAUAUGUAACUGCGGUGACCAACACUACGGUGACCUGUUCUUUGGAUAAGAAUCUCUCCAAGUAUUCCUUGGACAUGGUGUUCCGGCUGGACCAGGAUGAAGGUGCGGGGGGGCUGACCACUCAUCUGGGAAACCUCUCCAUGCUGAUGGAGAACACCCCAACCAGUGAGCGGCUCAGGCAGCUGAUCGUGGAGUACGAGCCUCCUCGGUUCAUCGAGAGUCUCAGCAGUGUCCUGCCCCGAAAUGCCAAGGAUACUGUAGCCACCAUUCUGAAAGGGCUCAACAAGCCUCAGAAGCAGGCCAUGAAGAAGGUGCUACUGUCCAGGGACUACACACUGAUCGUGGGCAUGCCUGGCACUGGGAAGACCACCACCAUUUGUACCCUGGUGCGCAUCCUCCACGCGUGCGGCUUCAGCGUUCUCCUCACCAGCUACACUCACUCUGCCGUCGACAACAUCCUGCUGAAACUGAGGAAGUUUAAGAUCGGCUUCCUGCGCCUGGGCCGCGCCCACAAAGUUCACCGCGACGUCCUGCCCUUCACGGAAGAGCAUGCUCGUGCCCGGGGCGUGCGCACCCUGCAGCAGCUGGAGGACUUCUAUAACAAAGAGCUCGUCGUGGCAACCACAUGCAUGGGGGCGAAGCACCCGAUCUUCAGCCGACGCCGCUUUGACUUCUGCAUCGUGGACGAGGCGUCUCAGAUCAGCCAGCCCGUGUGUCUGGGGCCCCUCUUCUAUGCCCAGCGUUUCGUACUUGUGGGGGACCACCAACAGCUGCCCCCCAUUGUCCAGAACCCUGAAGCCAGAGCUCUGGGUAUGGAUGAGAGCCUGUUCAAACGCCUCGAGCACCACAGAGAAGCCGUGGUUCAGCUGACUGUCCAGUACAGGAUGAACAGUGCGAUCAUGUCCCUCAGCAACGCCCUGAUGUACGAGGGCAGGCUGGAGUGUGGCUCAGAGCGGACGGCCUGCGCCGUGCUGGAUCUGCCCUGCAGGGCAGCGGUAGAGAGGGAGCUGGAGCUGUAUGUGUGUCAGCCCCAGUAUAGUGCCUGGGUCCACACAGCAUUGGAUCCCCAAAAGCCUGUCUGCUUCCUGGACACUUCACAGGUUCCUGCUUUAGAGACAGUGGAGAAGGGCGGUGUUAGUAACCACAUGGAGGCCGCGCUGGUGCACACCAUCGUCAGCCUGCUGAUCAAGGCGGGCUGCAGUGCGGGAGACAUCGGCGUCAUUGCUCCGUACCGGCAGCAGCUGAAGGCUAUCUCAACUCUGCUGGACGUGGAGGCCUUCAGGGCUGUGGAGGUCAACACUGUGGACAGGUACCAGGGCCGGGACAAGAGCGUUGUCAUCGUCUCCUUUGUCCGGAGCCACACGGACGGCAACCUGGGUGAGCUGCUGAAGGACUGGCGCAGGUUGAACGUGGCCAUCACCAGAGCCAAGCACAAGCUGCUGAUGAUAGGCUCUGCCCCCACGCUGCGUCUCUACGCUCCUCUGGAGAAGCUCCUCGCCCACAUGCAGCAAGAAAACAUGGUCUUCCAGCUACCGCCUGCAGCUCCUGAAGCACUGCCAAGACUCUACCUGGGAUAAUGAAAUGAUCCGGCAGGGAAUGACUACUGCUGUCGUGCCGUUAUCUCCCAUCUCCCAAAUCCUGGAAGUAAUGUGAACACUUGUGUGCGUUUUUUUUUUUUUUUGUUUGUUUUUUUUUGUCUUUCUUCUUUCACGCACAUCUUGUUAGGAGUUUCCUCACCAGUGAAAGGGAAAGAAAGCCAAGUCACCAUUAAUAAGUUGAUCAUACACUGUUAUUAAUACCUCAGAGUUGAGCUGUGCCAAGGGCUGACUGAUUUUGCUGUAUGUAAUUCCUACCUCAUUUGUGAGAUUAACCUUUUAAGAACUUUUAUUAACAGAUUUUGUACAUUUAUUUGUAGAUUUUUAAUGU